GUGGAUCAAUUGCUAAAAGUUCAAUUCCCUUCUAUCAACCUUCAAUAUACGCCGCCAUGCCGCCUCGAAUACCAGGUGUGCAGCGCCUAGGCACCUUUUCAUUAUGCCUACGACCAGCCGCAAAACAGCCCACCCCGGCCUUCCUCCCCGUCACCCAAACCGCAUCUCUGUCGCAAAAGGAGAAGAAGCGGCUAGAGAAGCAGGACCCUUACCGAUGGGCGCAAAUACAGCAGCGAGAGGCCGCCCAUAAUAAGAGGCGGGAGGAGAUCGACGCCGUCAAGGCGAGACAGCUCGGGAGUCCCAUCCGGGGCAUCCAGACGCCCUUCAUCGAGUCCUUCGACUACGCCGGCCAGGAGCCGUUCUCCAAGCCGCCCGUCGACGCAGAGGGAAACAUACUAGCGGAGCCGCACGAACUGCCCACCUCGCACCACAUCAUGAACAACCAGAUCGACGAGCGGGAGAUGGCGUCCGCCAUCGAGAACGCGUACAACCUGACCCGGCCGAUGGGGACGCCGCUCGUCCCCGAGGACUCCGAGGAGUACAACGCGCGCCUCGAGGAGCACCAGAGGCGGCACGAGAAGGCCAUGGAGGCGAUACGGCGCAUCACGCACAUGAGCAACGGCUCCGCAAGGGAUAGGCUGCACGCUAAUAUCCGGCGGUGCGUGGAGACUUUCGGCAGGCACCAGACCGACCAGGUUUUGAGGCCGAAGGCCCUCGCGCGAGGACGGGAGAGGGAGGAGAAGCCGGUGCGGGGCGGUCCCGACACGGGGAGCAGCGAGGUGCAGAUUGCCAUCCUGACGGCCAAGAUCCGUGCUCUGGCCAACGAACUGGAGAAGGGGAGAGGCUAUAAGGACAAGGCAGGAAAGCGAGAUCUAAGAUUGAUGCUCCACCGACGACAAAGGCUCAUGCGGUAUAUGGACCGCAAGGAAAGGGGAAGCGAUAGGUGGAAGCACAUGAUUGAGACUCUGGGCCUGAGCCCAGCGACCUGGAAGGGACAAAUCACCUUAUAAAAAGUGGAAGCCGUCGGUCGAUAUAUGGAUGCUAUGCUAUGCUACUUCGAAGUGUAUCAUAUAGGGUGGCCUAGAUGCAUACUCUGUAAUACCAUGCAUGUACUUAUGUACAAAUACAAAAAACACCAGCAGCCCCUUUCGAGAACGCGAGAAAAGCUUCUAACUAUCUGUCCAUCAGCCAUGCGCCUUUGUUGUAAGAACAGGAAGAAAAAUAGAAGCAGAAGCAAAGGC